UGGGGAAAAAAAAACCAUUGGCUCCCAGACCCCAAAACCUUGAACACUAGUGGUAUUGCUGAUCGAUGGAUUUUCCCAAACUUCGGCAGGCCUUUCCAAGUAUCCGUCUUUCCAUCUCUGUCCCUCUAUAAAAGAAGCUCCUCCAUAUGUUUGCCACAUCAAUCACUUAAUCCUUAAUUCUUCGAUCAGUUUUGAUUAGUUGCUACACAGAAUUUGCCAUUCGUUUUUCUCUAAUUUCAAGAGCAAAUCAGAGUCUUGUGCAGAGUAGAAGAUGAGUUCAACAAGCAGAGCAAUUGUGGCAGCCAGCGUAGGAGUUGUGGAGGCCAUGAAAGACCAGAUGGGUAUAUGCAGGUGGAAUUAUUUUAUAAGAUCCGCUCAGCAAAGUACAAAGAACCAUCUCCGCUCCUUAUCUCAGGCAAAGAACCUCUCCUCUUCGACUUCUGCAGUGGUUUCAAGCAAAGUAAGAGAUCAGGAGAAACUGAAGAAGUCGGAAGAGUCUUUGAGGACAGUCAUGUACUUGAGCUCUUGGAGUCCCAAUUGAGGCUUUGAUCAGUGAGUUCUCUGAGAACGUCAUUGCGGGAAGGAAGUCGGGCCUAAAGCAUACAAACGGUACACUUUGUACAUGGCACGGCAGUGAGAAUGUCAUUAUGUCAGGCCGUGUUGGUCAUGACUCAAUUAUAUUUGUUAAUGUAAAUUAGGCGGUUCUUAUAUUCUUACGACAGAAUUUAACUCAAUUUUUUGUGUUUAAUUCUUAUGACAGAACAAAAAAUCGCUAUGCACUAUUUUCA